AUGACAACGAGUGGCCGCAGGCCCCGGCCCCCGCCCCGGCUCCGGCUCCACCCGGCCCCGGGACUCAUAGCGGGAUACGGCCCCGGCAUGACGGCGAUGCCGAUGACACCAACGACGGCAGCAACAACCCGCCCACGGCCGAUCUUCACCCAGGACGCCGUCCGCACGCUGCGCCGCUGGUUCGCCGCCAAUAAGCACCACCCCUACCCGACACGCGACGACAAGGAGUCACUCUGCGCCCUCACCGGCCUCGAUGUCGUCCAGGUCGCCAACUGGUUCGCCAACGCCCGCCGCCGCCGCAUCAAGGUCGGCAGCCCGCCUCCGCCGCCGUCGUCAAUGUCAUCGUCGGCUGCUGCCGUUGCGUCGAGUGCGCACGUCUUGCGCGCUCACAUGAACAGGCAGCAGCAGUCCUCAUCCUCCUUGGCCACCUCCCCGUCCUCGCCGCUGCGCGACGUCGUUGGCAUGGACGCCUCUACGCCCAUCGACGUUGUCAUGCCCCAGCCGCCGCGCCGCGCCCCCACGCCCGGCGUCUUCGAGGACAUGAUGGAUCCUCUGCAGCGCUGGGCCAACUCGCCCCCCGAAGACGAGCCCGCCGCCGCGACGGCCAUCUACCGCGCCGCCAACGAGCCCUUCUACGCCUCCGCCUCCGUCUCCGCCUACCCGUACCUGUACCUGUCCGAUGACGGCGGCGGCGGCGGCUCCAGCGCCUCGGCUAGCAACCGCUCGUCCCUGAGCCGCCAAGGCAUCGGCGGCGGCGACAACAUCAGCAACCCGCGCAGCGAAAGCUCUGUCGCCUCGUCGCGCUCCUCGAGCUUCGGCGUGCCCCCCUCACCGCUUGACCAGGCGGCCCACCACGGCGGUUCGUCGUCUCACCCCCGUCAGCAGCACCACCGCCGGCGCCGGCGCCGUAGGAGGAAUCACACUCUUCUCCCCGCGCGGCAGUCGACGCUCGGCCGCCCCUCGCGCGGCAUCUUUCAGUGCACCUUUUGCGUCGAGGAGUUUCGCACAAAGUACGACUGGCAGCGGCACGAGAAGACGUGGCACCUCCCGCUGGACCGGUGGGUAUGCACGCCCACGGGGCCCCUGGCCGUGCGACGGCGCGACCACCACCGUCGUCGCCGCGCCUCCUCCUCCUCCCCCUCUUUUCCCAGGGGGAACGGGAAUGGGGACGGGGAAUGGGACGAGGAAGAGGACGAGGGCGGCGGUGGCGACGCACUCGUGUGCGUGUUUUGCGGCGAGGAAGGCCCCGAUGCGGCGCACAUCGAGUCACACAACUUCUUGCUCUGUAACCGCCGCGGUGUCGACGAGCGCACAUUUUACCGGCGCGACCACCUGAUGCAGCACCUGCGGCUAGUGCACCGCGUGGGGGCGGGCGUCCCCGGCUCGAGCUUCGACGCGUGGAAGGCCGCGGCGCCACCCAUACGCUCACGCUGCGGCUUCUGCGGUCGCUGCCUCGACGACUGGGCCAUGCGCGUCGAGCACCUCGGCGAGCACUUCAAGGCCGGGAGCACCAUGCGCGACUGGGUCGGCGACUGGGGGUUCGACCCGGCGGUGCUGCAGACGAUAGAGAAUUCGAUGCCUCCGUACCUCCUUGACUACGAACGUAAUUCACCCCUCCCGUACAAGGCUGGCGGCGCCUCUCCCUGGACGCCCUCGACCGCUUACGACCUGCUCAAGAUGGAGCUCCAGUACUGGGUCAUGAAUCAUCUCGACGCCGCGGGCGACCAGCCGCCCGACGCCGACGUCCAGCGCGAGGCCUGCCGCAUCAUUCUCAGCGCGGACCUGGCCGGCGGCAACACGCAAGGGCUGGGAGCAGCAGCGCAAGCGGCAGCCGCAGCCGCAGCUGCAACCAAGACAAGCCCUUCGUGGCUGCGCGACCUGGCCACGGCGUCGCCCGAGAUCCUCCAGGGCGCCAUGCUGCAGACUGUGCGCGGGCAGGCCGAGAACCGGCUCACGACGCUGCGCAUCAAUGGCAAGGACGACAUCUUUGAGGGCUGCGAGCUCGAGCGCCGGCUGCUCGCUGCCAUUAUCCGCGCCGCCCGCCUCCGGCCCGCGCCACUUUCGAACCGCGAGAUACAGGCCGAGGCCGUGCGCAUCGUGCGUCAGACCGAGGAGCGGUCCAGCGCACCGUCCGACGUCGUCGCCGGGUGGCUGCUGCGCAUGAUUUCCGCAUCGACAGACUGGCUUGAAGGGGUCAAGGAAAGGGCUCUAGGACGGGCGCAGGAGGAGGCCGAGGGAGAGCAUCAGGAGGAUGAGGAAGACGGCGAGGCAACAGAGGGCGUGGGUGUGUCGCAUCCUUUAUCCCUCGAUGACACGGAGCUCGACGUCGCUGCGCUAGGCGCGCAGAUGGAUCUCGUCCUGCCGGGGACUCAUCAGGGGUUCACCACCGACGGCAUCGUUGCGCCCGCCGCCGUGUUCCCUCCUCUCGAUUCCCUGCCCACAACUGACGACGACAUGGACCUCCUCUGGGCCCUUGACCUCUCUGCCGCUGACGAUGCCAUCACGCCAGCCCCAUUGAUCAGCAGCACCGCAACGCCACCGCACGAAGAGGAGCAGUCGCGCCUCUACCAGCUACACACCAUGAACAAUGCGCACCGAGCCCACCGCAUACACACCAACACCAUCACCACCGCUAGCACCAGCACGGUAACUGCGCCGGGUGCCGUCCUGGCGUCCACUGCGACCACGUCGCGCUCGCCGUCUGGCGCGGGGGCCAGCAGCGCGACGGAAGCAGGAGGACCGCGCGGCCACCAUCACCACGCACAGCUGGCUGCCGCGGUGACGGCGUCGACGCGCCCGCCCUACUUCCCCAACGACGCCAACGCGUACCGCCGUCUGGCGCACGACCUGGCGCGGUUCGUGGCCGCGGCCGUGUCGGACAAGAACCCGAACCGGCACGUGCCGAGCGACGAGGAGAUUCAGUACCAGGCGCGGUGGCUCGAGUUUGACGACGACGACCCGUGGAACCAGACGGCGGCGGAUAACCCCGAGUGGCUGAUGCGGUUCAAGCGCGACGUGGGCUUGCUGCCGCAGGAGUCGGGUCCGGGGCUGGGGCUGGGGUACUUUGCCGCGCCGAGACACAGGUGAGAGUGGCGGCUAGGUAGUUACUGUCGACUGUGUCUCAUUCGACUCCGAGGGUCAGGUGUCGAAUGUAAAGUGUAAAUAUAACGGGGCGCAAUGGCGGAUGGGAAUUGCGCGUGUACCGAUGCGGCGAACGCCAGACUACAUGCAGGCACGGAAGAAGGAGACAACGGUAUAUGGUUGUAGCACAAUCCAGCUCUCGCAUCUAUAUG